AUGGUAUCUUGUCCGAUUUGUUCGAAAUCGGUCUCAUCGCUAAAGAUCAAUGACCACAUUGACUCGGACUGCCAGCAAUUCAUCGAAGAGCCCACAUCCAGCUCCAGCGAUCCUUCACCGUCCCAAAAAGCGCCCGUCCCUGCUUUCUUUCAACCGUCGUCCACGAAAAAAGCCUCCACUCAGCGCGAUACUCACUCCGUUGCUUCCCCCCUCCGUAACCCCAGUGGCAAGAGACCGGUAACGCAGAAUGGCGGAUUGGACGAUACUGCCGCUCGCCUACAAGCAGACGAAGCUUCAGAACCCGUUCCGAAGAAACCCAAGGUCAAUGCAUUCCAGAGAGCCGCGCCGCUAGCCGAGCGGAUGCGGCCCCGAACACUCGACGAAGUAUGUGGUCAGGAACUUGUCGGCCCAACCGGUGUACUGCGGGGUCUUAUUGAGGAGGAUCGAGUGCCAAGUAUGAUUCUAUGGGGAGGGCCGGGAACUGGAAAGACAACGAUUGCACGAGUUAUUGCGUCCAUGGUGGGAAGUAGAUUCGUGGAGAUUAAUAGUACCAGCACCGGGGUUGCGGAAUGCAAGAAGAUAUUCGCCGAUGCAAAGAGCGAGCUCGGAUUGACGGGGCGGAAGACCAUAAUUUUCUGCGAUGAGAUCCACCGUUUCUCAAAGUCCCAACAAGAUGUGUUUCUGGGCCCUGUCGAGAGCGGACAGGUUACGCUGAUUGGGGCGACGACGGAGAACCCCUCAUUCAAAGUGCAAAACGCGCUGCUCUCCAGAUGCAGAACUUUUACUCUAUCAAAGCUCACCGACGAGGACAUUAGAUCCAUUCUAAACCGUGCCUUAAAGACUGAAGGGCCGAACUACUCGCCAUCUGCCCUAGUGGACGACGAGUUGCUCGAUUACUUAGCUAAAUUUGCCGACGGAGAUGCCCGCACGUCUCUCAACCUUUUAGAAUUGGGGAUGAACCUUUCGAAACGGCCAGGGAUCAGCAAAGACGAGAUAAAACGAGCGCUGACUAAGACGCUUGUCUACGACCGCGCAGGCGACCAGCACUACGACACCAUUUCCGCCUUCCACAAAUCCAUCCGGGGCAGCGACCCGGAUGCAGCGCUGUACUAUCUUGCCCGCAUGAUACAGUCGGGAGAGGAUCCUCUCUAUAUUGCCCGGCGCCUGAUAGUUGUCGCGUCUGAAGAUAUAGGCUUGGCUGAUAAUAGCAUGUUGACUCUUGCCAUCUCAACGCAUGCCGCGGUGGAGAAGAUAGGUCUUCCCGAAGCGCGGAUCAAUCUCGCACAUGCUACAGUAGCUAUGGCGCUGUCUCCUAAGAGCACUCGUGCAUAUCGAGGCCUCAAUAACGCCUUUGCGGCUCUGUCCGAGCCUGGAAUUGCAGGUCUUCCCAUUCCGAUUCAUUUGCGCAAUGCACCUACGCGGUUGAUGAAGGAACUGGGGUACGGAAAGGAGUAUAAGUACAACCCGAACUUCAAGGAUGGCAAGGUGGUGCAGGACUAUCUUCCAGAGAAGUUACAAGACAGAAAGUUCUUGGAAGACUUGGACCUUGGGACGCAGAUUGAUCCUGAUCUAGAGUCUAGGAAGUGA